ACACAUCCCAAACCUGAUGGCCAGUUCGCCACGCAACGCCACUGUGACGACACAAAAAUUCCAUCAAAGGGAAGGGACAACAUUUUCACACACGCGCAGCCACACACACAUACACAUACACACACACCCGCGCAAACGCUCCCUCUGCCGCAAACGAAAAGUUCGUCAUCAUCACCACCAUGGAGAGGAUCUCGGCUGGUGUUGAGACAAGCGUCCUGCACAAGGCUGUGCAAGCCAAGGACUACGACCGCAUCCGGGAGAUUAUCGAGAACGACGAGGAAGACAUUGACUACGUGAACAUCCUCGGGCUCACCCCGCUCAUGUCAGCCGCGGAGAUUGGCGAUCCAGAGACGGUGAAGCUGCUGCUUGGUCUCGGUGCCCGCAAGGAUGCUUUUACCCUCAGCAUGAAGACGGCGCUCAUGUUUGCCGCCGCCAAAGGCAACGUCGAAGCGGUCAAGCGCCUUGUUGAAGGUGGUGCGGACAUUCAUGCUGCUGACAAGGGCGGCGUCUCCGUCCUGCACCAUGCCGUGGACUCCGAGAACACGGAAGUGAUCACAGUGCUUGUGAAAGCGGGCUGUCGCGUGGAGCAGCGUGACAUGAGCAACGGCUGGACCCCACUCCUGCGCUGCGCUGCAACGCUGGGCCGAGUGGACGUGGCGCGCACGCUCGUGCACUUGGGCGCAGAUGUCAAUGCCGGCGACUUCUCCGGAACAACCGCUCUCAUGCUUGCCACGAACCAUGGCAACGUGAAGCUGGUGCGGUAUCUGCUGACUGCGGGCGCAGACAAGACCAUCACCACCAAGCACGGCAAGACCGCAUACGACUUUGCCCUCGCCAACCGCAACGAAUCGCUCAAGAAGUUGCUGGACCACAACGCUCCCCCACCAGACGAGCUCACAGCCAAGCCCGCGGCAAAGGCAUCCGCCUGAGUCCACCACCACUACAGACUACCACGCCCUGAUUAGCUGUUUGCAUCGAAUGCAUGCCCUUUUUUUUGCUGGCUGUGCCGGCAGUUGCUUCUGGCCAUGGUCAUUGUUCCCAUUUCGUUAUCGUUGUUGUUGCUGGCGUCAUGGUAUUCUGGUGCUUGUGAUUGUCUUUGGUGCCGCGUACUUUGCGUGCUGUAUCGCUGUUGCUUCUUAACUGAUGAGUGUGUCUGUCUGUCUGUCUGUCUGUCUGUCUGUCUGUCUGUCUGUCUGUCUGUCUGUCUGUGAAUCUGUCUCUUUGUGUUUGCGUGCGUCU